UAAGUUGUAAACAGUUCAUAUCUUGUCGUCGAACAACCAAGUGAACAACUCAUUCUAAUCAUCACGCUUUGUAGUUGUAACUUAGUUGCGAAUUUAGUUUUGUUUCGUGACGGCAUUAAGAUGGAGUGUUUUCAGAAGUUUUUAUUUAUUUGAAUGGAAGGUCGUUUUUGUUGAUUGUUAAAAUGAUGAAGUUUACCAAAUUUCAUUUCAUCCAAAUAUUUUUACUUUCGAUGUGUAUCUAUUUGAUAGUGAAUGUGCUUGUUUUUUCUGCUAUCAAAAAUGUAUCCCAGAAUAUCACAACAACGAGUAAAGCAUGGACCAAAGCUCGCCAAUCUAUGUACGACGCAACCAAGCCUAAAAUUUCAGCAGCUCGACAAGCUUUUGCAGCAAUGGAAGUAAUAAAUCGAACAGUACCAGACCAUAUAAGCUACUUUAAAGUCAUAGUCGAUUUUAAAUUGAAAUCUCACACAUUUCGAAUUACAACAUACAAUGAUUCGAAGACCGUUCUAAUAGAGGCGUCAUCCGGCGUCAUAGCAUGCAAAGGCUUCUAUUACUACAUAAAAUACCAUUGCAAUGCUCACAUUUCAUGGGAAGGAUCAAAUGUUAAUCUGCCAGACACUUUGCCCAAAGUCAAUGUUACGAUAGAAUCACGCAGCCAGUUCAUUUUCUACCAAAAUGUUUGUGCAUACUCGUACAGUUACGCUUUUUGGAAAUGGUUUGAUUGGCUGCGCCACAUAGACUGGAUGGCCGUGCAAGGAGUAACAUUAACAAUAGCUGCCGUUCAGGAAGUAUUAUGGGAACGUUUGUACAUUGAUUUCGGCUUGACCAGACAUGAAAUCGCUGAACAUUUCGCCGGUCCUGCUUUUCUAGCAUGGCAGCGAAUGGGUAAUAUUCGAGGCUGGGGAGGGCCGCUAACGGAAAGCUUUAAGGUAAAUUCCUUUUUGUUGCAAAAACAGAUCAUAAAAACGUUACGAGAAUUAGGAAUUGUUGUGGCGUUGCCAGCAUUUUCGGGUCAUGUGCCAGUAUCAUUCAAGAGAAUCUUCCCGAAUGCCACCUAUCAAACGAUUCCAAUAUGGAAAAGAGGAUUUCCGGACCAAUUCAGUGCGCCAUUAUUUCUCGACCCCAGCGAUGAAUUGUUCAAAGAUAUUGGCGGUCGUUUCUUGAUGGAAAUUCGUAAGGAGUACGGAUCGGAUCAUAUUUACUAUGCGGAUCCAUUCUAUAAAAUCGCGGAACAAUAUGCGUCUACGGAAUAUCUAUCGAACGUUGCACACAGAAUUUACGAUACAAUGAAAUCAGCCGAUGCUAAUGCUAUCUGGAUGCUACAGUCCUGGGUAUUGGAGAAAAAUCCUCUUCUGACGACCGACAUGAUUCGAUCGUUCUUCACAGCAGUUCCAGUGGGGAAGAUGCUCGUUUUGGAUUUACAGGCCGAACAGAAACCGUUUUUCAAUCGAACGUCUUCUUUUCAUGGUCAGCCGUUUAUCUGGUGUAUGUUACAUAACUUCGGAGCGACAUUGGGCAUGCACGGAUCGAUAAAUGUAUUGAAUGAGGAUAUUGCUAGUGCGAGCACAUUCAGUAAGUCCUCGAUGGUUGGGGUUGGAAUUGCACCAGAAGGCAUCAAUCAAAAUUAUGUAAUAUACGAAUUUGCUCUGGAACGUGGAUGGGACUAUAGUUCUGUGAACAUAACCGAAUGGUUUGAUAUUUACACAUCUGGCAGAUAUGGAGUGCGAAAUUCCUUUAUUUCUUCGGCAUGGCAAAAACUAGUGAAGAGUGUCUAUUCUUUUCGAGGAACCCGUGAGAUCAGUGGAAAGUACAUUGUUUGCAGACGGCCCUCACUAAAACAUAUUGUGUGGUCAUGGUACCAUUUCGAUGACAUCGAUGACAUUUUGGUAGAUUUCCUAGCAUCUCCAGUUAACACAGCGAAAGGCAUCGAACUCUACAAGUACGACUUGGUUGAUAUCACUCGUCAAAUGAUUCAGAACAAAGUUGAACUACUGUAUGAAAGAAUGGUUAUCUGUCUCGAGCAAAGAACAUGCCCCGAAUUCGAAAUUUAUGUUCAACAAUUCGAAUUACUUUUAAAUGAUUUGGAGCGUAUUCUAGGGACAAACGAUAAAUUUUUGUUGGGUACUUGGUUGGAGAAUGCAAAAGAUUUGGCUACUAACGAAAACGAAAUGAAAAUGUACGAAUAUAAUGCACGGAAUCAGAUAACAAUAUGGGGUCCUACCGGGCAGGUAUACGACUAUGCUAUGAAGCAGUGGGCCGGAAUGAUUUCAGAUUAUUGCUGGCCGCGAUGGAAGUACUUUUUUGACGAGCUGCGAGAAACAAUUCAUUCGCACGAGUUUUUCAACGAAACGGAGUGCCAGAGAAAUAUCUUCAAGGCCAUCGAAGAACCGUUCGUAAAUGACAAUAAAUUGUAUAGACUGAAUGCAAAUGGUGAUACGAUAUCAGUUGCAAGAGAAAUUUAUGAAAAAUGGAAAUAUUUCUUGGUUGAAUAAAUCUUUGAAAAU